CUCUCCUCCCUCUAGUCCCUCCUUUUCCGCUAAUUACGCACCGUCCACCUCCAGCUGGCCCACACUCUUUACAGUCCCUCCGGCAUGCACCUCAGCGCCCUCUCCCCCCUCCUCCUCGCCCUCGCCCUCGCCAACGCCGACGCCAACGCCCAAUCCUUCGUCCCGGCACAUCCUCGGAGACACCAUGCCCGCGCCCUUGCAGUCGCAGACGCCAACCGCCCCCUCCUUCCUCGAGCGGGAGCCGUGGUAGACAAUGGCACUCUUGCUUCCAUCGCCGCAGAUGAAGCCGCUGCUUCCUCCACCGCAGCGACAUCAACGACAGCGAUCCUCAGCAGUGUCAGCAGUGUCAGCAGUGGCAUCAGUGCCACAUCGAGUAGCACCCUCGCCAGCUCAGCCAUCAGCAGCGCAUCGUCAAGUGAGACAUCCAGCUCGAUCAUGACCACCAGUGCUGUGCAGAGUAGUUCCUCGGCGGCGGUCUCCUCCACGACUUCGAGCGAGGAAAUGGUACCUUCCACCACCUCUUCGGAUAUCGAGAGCUCGACUUCGAUCUCGUCCACGGAGAUUAUCCCGAGCACGACGUCGUCUACUACUUCUACUAGCUCGGUCGUUUCUUCCACCAGUACGAUCAUCUCACAGACGGAUGUUACUUCUUCCUCUUCCUCUUCUUCUUCUCCAAUCUCUUCCACCGCUGCUCACUCUACAGUGGUGCUGGUAACCACUGCCUCUCGCUCUGCAACUCAGUCCUCUACAGCAUCGGCUACCUCUGAGGCGGACAGCUCGUCUACCAGCUCAUCUGGGCUCAGCAAAUCGGCCCUCAUUGCAAUCAUUGUCGUCGCUUCCGUUGUUGGUCUGGCGGCUAUUGGAUGGACAGCUUUCAGAAAGUGGAAGUUGAGACCGCGCAACAGGUUUGAUUCAAAGAUGAUGCCCAUUGAUUUCUCGCCUCAAAACGACACCAUGGAUGACGACUUCUUUGAGAAAACACUUGAGCGAACGACUUCUCAGACUUCGGCGAACCGUCAACGCCAGGAACUCGUGGCUCAACUUGAUGAUGAUCCUAACCGUGUCGCCGGUGUUCCUGAACAUGAUUUCACUGCUGGGGCGGGUGUUGGCGCUUACGGAUAUCACCACGAUCAGUAUGCUGGUGAGCAGUACGAGUAUGACCAGUAUAACGCUGGAUACGACAAUGCGUACGAGCAUGCUUAUCCGCCCCACCCAUCUCAUGCAAUGCAGCACGGAUACGAGUAUGGUCAAGACGGUGUCCUUCAACAACCAGCUACCGCAGUAACCACUGACUCGGAAGGCUACGCGGAACUACAGAGAGGUCCUAGUAUUGGAAGCGGGAGCGGACAUGGGCAUGGCCAAGUGCCAGUGAUGAAUGACGCCGGGGUGCACCCAGGGGAAUUGCAGUUCCCUGUUGCCGAUACGUAUGGGCUUGGAAGACCUACCCAUGGGGCCGAUGGACCUUAUGCCCAAGCUGCCAAUUUCCGGUAUUAGAUUGUCGUUUCACCUUACGCUCGCUGGACGAGCAACAAUUUGGACCUUACUUUCAGUGCUUGAAUUGGAAAGGCUGCGGUGCUAAUCUCGCCCACCAAGUUGUGAUCUGCACAUAGAACUUUGCGCACUCGCCCCCUACACUUCCCUCCUUUUGUACCGUUGCGUAUACCGUACCAUCUCUUUUACAUUAUAUCCCGUCUCCUUUUCCGAUCGUGACCAUUAUCGUCUACAGUUUUAUGCGUUUUAGGUGUAAUCCAAACAAACGUAUGUCUGGGUAGCUUGUAUUCAUGCAUAUAGAACAAC